AUGGAGCCUUCUCUUCCCACCCCGUGGGUACGGAAUCCUUCCAGGAUCAGAAGACUGCUUCAGACAUCCCAAAGUUCUAUGCUUCUCAAUUCUAGCCUAGACACCAAGCCCAGAGAUGUGGCCUCCGAGUCUGUGGGUCUCUUCUUCAUGCUUUUGAUUGAUUUGACAGCUAUUGUGAGCAAUGUAGCAAUUAUGACGGUCAUUAUCAAAACCCCAGCACUGAGGAAGUUUGUCUUUGUGUUCCACCUCUGCUUGGUGGAUCUUUUGGCUGCUCUUACCCUAAUGCCUCUAGCCAUGUUGUCCAGCUCAACUUUCUUUGAUGGCACAGUCUUUGAGGAUGCCAUAUGUCAUACCUAUCUCUUCCUGAGUGUUUGCUUCAUCACCAUGUGUAUCCUUUCAAUCUCAGCUAUUAAUAUAGAGCGCUACUACUAUGUGGUGCACCCCAUGCGCUAUGAGGUCAAAAUGACUGUAAGCCUGGUGGUCUGUGUCCUGGUUGGUGUCUGGAUCAAGGCAGUAGUUAUGUCCAUCAUCCCCAUUCUGGGAUGGCUUUCCCAAGACCGUAUCAAUAGAUCCCUAGCCUACAAUGGACAGACCUGUUCCUUGCAGUGGAGCCGAAGUGCCUACUGCACAUUUUUUGUGAUUUUCUUUGCUGUUUUCUACUUCCUCCUGCCGGUCUCCAUUAUUUUGGUGGUCUACUGUAAUAUGUUUAAAGUGGCCAGAGUAGCUGCUAUGCACCAUGGCCCACUCCCCACUUGGAUGGAUACCCCACGGCAAAGGUCAGAAUCUCUUAGUAGUAGGUCCACAAUGGUGACCAGCUCAGGAGCCCCUCGAACUACCCCCCAGAGGACGUUUGGGGGUGGAAAGGCUGUCAUCAUCCUCCUAGCAGUGGGGGGACAAUUUCUCUUCUGCUGGUUGCCCUAUUUCUCCUUCCAUCUCUACUCGGUGCUGAGCUCCCAUUUUCCUGGCCAGCAGACGGAGAAUGUGGUCACUUGGAUUGGUUAUUUUUGCUUCACAUCUAAUCCUUUCUUCUACGGAUGCCUCAACCGACAGAUCAGAGGAGAGCUUAGCAAGCACCUCACCUGUUUUUUCAAGCAACCACCAGAGGAGGAUCUCAGGUUACCCAGCAGAGAAGGCUCCAUUGAGGAGAACUUCUUGCAAUUCCUGCAAGGGACAGGUUGCCACGCUGAGGCCAGAAAUGCUCUUACCCAGCCUAGCCCCAAAAGGGACCAAGCUACCAUUGAUUUCCGGAUCCCAGGGCAAAUUGCAGAAGAGACCUCAGAGUUCCUGGAGCAGCACAUGAACAGCGAUAUCACUGCCUCUGAUAACUACAUCAGAGUAGCACAUUCACCGAAGCCUGAGCUGUAG